AAGCUUUUAUUGAAUCGUAUUUGGCUUAAAAAUGAAAUGAGGGAUGUGGGUUAGUGCAGUGAUUGUGUUGAUUAAUUUUGAUCAACAUGCAGUUUGAGUUCGACCUCAAAAUUCCAUUGCGGAUUGUUACACUUACAGCUUGAUUUACUUCUAUUUUACAGUGCCGUUGUUAUUGCCCCUCAGUUGAAUAGUCGGUAUUUCAGUCUGCAUUUAGCAUCUGGUUUCAAAUUUUCAUAAACUUUGCAAAACAACCACCUUGUUUGCAGGACAAAUUUGUCUCCAAUCUGUACAAUUUUUACAGUUUCUUAAAUAUGUAGUUCGAAAAGGCUUAUAUAAUUGGACAUGCCAAAAGGUCGAAAAAGUCCGGUCAUUUACACAAAUGACUACAAACAUCCUUCUGAAGGCGCUAACGAUGUGUGCUAGCGAAACAUCAGAUCGAAAUUCCGAUCGGCGACGGCCUAAUAACCCGGAAAAGGCGAUUGUUCAAAAAUAGAUCGGACAUUGCUUGUGAUUUGGAUGAUUUCUUAGCAGAUAUGGCGCAUUCACUGUCUCUAGACGAAGUAAAAAAUGAGAUUCGCAGCUGUAUCAUAUCGUCAAAGGCCAUGCUCACUUUGAAGCAACUCAGUAGUGAUUACAUGAUGCUGGUGGGCGAUCCCAUUCCAUUCAAAAACUUGGGAUUUCAAAGUCUUGAAGGUUUAAUCAAAUCGUUCCCUGAUCUCGACUUAAAGAAACAGGGAAACGUGACCUAUGCUGUGGCUAAGCAGUCUGAAAAAUCCGCUCAUAUAUCUGAACUAAUUUCCAACCAGAAAUCGCCCAAAAAACGGCCGAAAUUUGGGCGGUUUCAUCACAGCUUUCCUCCUUCGCGAUCUCAUCAAACUAACGGAUGGCGGCCGAAAACCAAAUAUCAAUCGAACAAGAACCACAAUCCGAGCGGGGCCAGAGCUAAGAAUCACGCGCAAUUUGUCAGUCGAAGCCAGCCAACUGUAGCAUCCAAAGUUGUCAUUCCACAACAUUCCAGUUUACCAAAGCAAAUUCUUCGAGUGGAAGAUGAACCAGCAACGAAAGGCGAAUUGAACCAAAGAACAAACAACAAGCGAUUGCAGGAGAACAUUAAAGCUUUAAGUAACAGUGGUGGAAAAGAAUACAUGUCUAAACAUCGGAACACAGUUUUUACUACAAAUACUAACAUCAACAACAAUGAUGGUGCAUUGCAAUCGACCCAGAUAGACAGUGGAGCUUCUUCAAAGCUCCUUCUUUCCACUAAGAUGCGACUGAGCAGGAAAAUGUCCGAAUUGAGUCUAGACAGCGAUAGUGGUAACAGUAGUCCCACUAACGAGUCCAUAUCCCCAAUUUUAAGUAAAACUGCCGAAUUUAGUCGAACAAAUGAUCCCCUGAAGGAUUUAAAGAAGUUUGUGGCAAUUCACAAAUUGGGUGAUGUGGCCGUGAGCACAACACUGAUGGAUCCAAAGAGGAAGAAAUUCUACUCCUGCAAAAUUAAGGUUGGUUCAGAGCAUACGUAUUGCAGUUAUCCUAAGGAGUUUAAAUCCGCAUUGGAAGCACAGUCGUUCUGCUGUGAGGAGGCUCUGGCCGACCUGAUACCAAAAUGCGAAAUAAAGGCUUCGCUAAUUUCCACUGAGCAGGACUUGCUUAUCAGGAUUCCCCCGAUGCUGGAGAAGCAUGCAAACGGCAUUUGGGCGAAGCAAUUGACUCUCGAUUACUCAGACAAGUACGGCGAGAUGCUCCCGCAUGACUGGCUGAGCAUAAUUGAUAAAAGUAACAACGUCCACAUUGAAAAAACCGCAAAAGAUCACAUUCUGUAUCAUUGCAAACUUGGUGAUCCUAACAGUGUUGUGAUAGCUGAGGUCUUACAGAAAGGACAGCAACGAAUAGGUGGCAGUCGUAUGCCGUUGUCCAAUGUGUCUGUGCCAGCCAAUACGGUUCAGUUUCGCGAAGAUGGCAAGCUAACGUGUCAAAUCACUUAUGUGGUUUCGGCCAAUGAGAUUUGGUGUGAACAAAUCUAUACAGAAGAAAACACCCGGUUCAGUGAAAUGGUAGACAGAAUGAAGAUUUACUAUGAAGAGCACGAGGCGCAGCUAAUCCCGCAAGAAAUUGUCCUGGCUGGAUACUACAUAGCGAAAUAUGAGCAAGAGUACUACAGAGUACGUGUGGAAAAAAUUGAUCAACGAGGCAUCGUUUGCUUUUUCAUCGAUACUGGCGAUGAACUAGUAGUUCCUAAAUCUAAUAUAUUUGUGUUAGAACGGGUCUACGCUACUUCCCAGGCUCAGGCCUUUUUAUGCAGGCUGUCUGGUUUGGAAGAUCUUUAUGAUGUCUCCACUAACUCUGAGCAUCUUGCUGCUCUGCUCGAUCGAGUUGUUAUCUUAGAACUCGCCAUUGAUAUUUCAGGCGAUGAGAAUACUGCCAUUUUGCCGGUCUAUAUGUAUGACUUUGAAACGGGAUCUUCCAUCAACGAAGACUUGAUCUCGCAACUCACCGUGGAACUUGCCGCUCCGAUUUUGAAACCGGACCGAUCAACCGAAGUGUAUAUUUCCCACAUAGAAUCAAAUGGGGACAUUUACGUUCACGUGAAGACUAAAGGUUUCGAUAACCUACAGUCUCUGCGGGUAGAAUUGCAGAUGCAAGUCAAUGAAAAACCUCUCGACUACCUUCUAUACACGGUGACCAAAGUGAAUAGUGAAGGCCAAUUAUAUUUUAUGAAGGACAAGUUAACUGGCAAUUGGGAGCGAACUAAGUUAAUUGAUUGGGCACCGACUGGGGAUUAUGCGCAAGUAUAUUUCGUAGACAAGGGUUACACUGAUGUGAUAAAAGUGGCAGAUGAAACGCUCUAUCCUUUGGAUAGUGUAAACGAGGUGUUUAAUACGUACCCCUCGCAAGCAGUUCGGGUGCGGAUGGCAUUAGAUGCAAUUCCACCCAAUUUUCUCGACUUGGCGACUGCAGCCUUGCCUAAAGAAACCCCCGUGCUACUGAAAAUUGUAGAAAUGGGCGCAGAAAACAUUCCCACCGUGAAGUUAUUCAGGCGAAACGCCGAUGGUCUGUUCUGCAUCAACGAGUCUAUAGCUAUGCAGACUGAGUUAAGCAAGGAAGAGACACUGAAAAAUAAAUUCAAGCUUCUAGCAGUUUCAGGCAUUCCAUCUACUGGAACAUUAAAAUGUCCUCCUCUUCCUAAAGCGGGCCCUGGGAGCCGGCCGAUUGAGGUGUUUGUCCCAAUGGCCGUGAGUCCGUACAACUUUAUCGUUCAGCCUUGCAGCUCGUAUAAACAGCUACAUGAGAUGAUGGAUAAGUUGCAAUUAGCAUAUGAGGACGUUCAAUAUGGGAAUCUGAGCAUUGAUGAUAUAGUGCCCGGCGGAAUUUAUGCGUAUAAACACACCGACUCGUGUUGGUACAGGCUUAGUGUUAUCAAAGUAAUCCAUACUGGCUCGUCUGUAUCUGGAUACUUGUGUGAUUAUGGAAGCUACCAGACGUUGUCAGUCAGGCAACUUGUGACUCUUGAUGAAGCCUUCAUGGAGUUGCCCUAUCAGGCUCUGAGCGCAAAAUUAGCAGGCAUAAAACCCAAGCUGGACAAAUGGACGAUGGUGGAUUGUGAGUUUUUCAAGCAGCUCACGGAAAUGAAAAGACUCUACGCCGAGCUGAUCAGCAUCGAACGGGAUAGUUUCAGUAGAUCGGAUAUAAUCUUAAAAGUGAGCUUGUAUGACACAAGCACAGAUGACGAUAUACUCAUAUCCGAUGAGCUGAUUAAAAGUGGCAUUGCAGUAAAGCACACAUAAUUCACAACAGUUCAAAUUGUUCUUCAUAUAUUUUGAGAUUUCUUAGAAGUCUAAGCUUGUGAUUUAGCUUGUUUACUCCAAAGCUAUAGUAUAGUUAAAGUAGAGGCUUCGUUUUCGGGACAAAAGGUAAAUGUUAAGUUUGAUUUUUUUUCACUGGCGUUUUUAGACUAGUUGGUUGUUUUUUUGGGGGCGUUUACUAAACCGAAAAACAUAAUUUAAAUCGCAUGAACAGGUAUUUUGAACCAAAAAAAGUAGUUACCUUAUAUCUCGGAAACAAAGCACUUGCUUAUUAAAUUGAACAGUAUUUUCGAACUCUUUCACCCUUUGGGGCGUGCCACGGUGAUUUUGAUCGCAUCUUUCACUUUGGAUGGUUAUCAUUGCUCAAAUAUUACUUGUUAUAGAGAAACCUAACUAUAUUAGCAAUGUCUUCAAUUUCUGCCUUUGUUUUAAACGGCAGACCUGUUAUUUGCUUUAAAAAUGACAAAAAUGUUAUGUUAGUUUUUGUAUUUGAUUUUUUCUACCUAUAUAAGCAUUUUUUGUUGAUUUAUUUCACACAGAAGAACUAUGUUUAAUUGCAAAUAUACAUUGUUUUAAAGCUAGCAACUAUAACAUAGCUUAAUAAGCUUAUAUUUGUUUACGGCUUAUGUUUAUACAUUGUAUGUUUUUUUGGUUACCGUUUCUUUAAUAAAGGAUAUUAGAGUU